UCCCUCUCGGGCUGCACGGUUUUCAGGUUGUUGGGCAGCUCGGCUAAGUUUUCAUCCUCGACGUUGCCUCUUUCCGCCCUGAACCCGGCACUGCCUCUUCAACAGCAAAGAACAUUCGGGCAGGAAGUGAAAUAAGUCUUAAAAAAAAUGACGCACGUAAGAGACAGCAAUAUCUAAAAAUAAGGAAAACUGAACGCGUCGUAGAAUUUCAUGUUCGAGGUUAGAAACUGAACGUGCCAAAAAUAUACACACGCACAAAAAAAGACGAAAUCCCAUGAGGGGCGGGUAAAGGUGGUGGAGACGAGAAAGGAAAACGGACUGAGAAGGAAGAAUCUCCAAUUCGGCAGGGAGCAGGCCACUGUAAAUGGUUCAACGUUAGAAUGGGCUUCGGAUUUAUCUCUAUGACUUCGCGAGAUGGCACCCCCUUGGAAACACCAGUGGAUGUUUUCGUACACCAAAGCAAACUUUAUAUGGAUGGAUUCAGGAGUUUAAAAGAAGGAGAGCCUGUGGAAUUCACCUUCAAAAAAUCUUCCAAAGGCCUGGAGUCAAUACGGGUAACAGGACCAGGAGGUACCCCUUGUUCAGGCAGUGAGAGACGGCCAAAAGGGAAGACUGUACAAAAGCGGAAGCCAAAGGGAGACCGAUGCUACAACUGUGGCGGCCUUGAUCAUCAUGCUAAGGAAUGUAAUCUACCUCCUCAGCCAAAGAAGUGCCAUUAUUGCCAGAGCAUCAUGCACAUGGUCGCUAACUGCCCUCUCAAAACUGUUCCGACACAGCCCCUCAUUCCUCAGGGAAGAUAUGAAGCAGAUCCUCAACCUUCCACUUCUGCAUAUGCUGCUUUCCCUAGAGAAACAGGAGGGGCCCAAGGCUACCCAGCUUUGCCUCAUUGUCAGGAGGGAAAACCAGAGACGGAACACACUGGCAAGUCACCGCAUGAGGCUUCUUCAAGCAAGCUGUCUGCAUCACCUGAAGAAUCGAGCAGGAAAGGGCCAUCCAUUCAGAAGCGGAAAAAAACAUAAAGCAAGUUGCGUGAUCGCUUUUGAGGCUUUUUUUUUAAAUAUAGGAUCCCAAACUACCUCAUACUUGCAAAAGUACAGGGGAAGUAAGUACACAUACUGCAGCUCCUUUUAUGAGGGGAGAAAAAAGAGACUUGGUGAAUCAACAAACAUUGAACUGGUCAAUUCACUCCAUGAAAAGAAUGAUUAUUGGAUUAAGGUCAUGCACAUCCACUGUGCUCCACUUUUACCUUUAUAUGCAGAAACUCCUGUGGCAUAUGAGUUUCAGUGUCAGUUUGCCAUGUUUAAUUCCCUUGGCUUUUCUAAUCUUUUAUAACAAAUACUGUUCACAGUCCCUUUGGUAUCCUCCUGAAAUUGCAAAGCAAUACACAACACUACAAUCAACCCAAGAACAUUUCAGAGGCUCCAUUCCAUUCAGUGGGCAGCUGAAGCAACGCUGUUUAAACAAAGUGAUAAACCAAAGGAAAUCAACAUGAUGAUGCUGCCAGAGCAGAGGUACCAGAAAUCAACAGACAUAAUUAAUAAAGCAUGGCAGUGUCUUUCUUCUGUAGGCAAUAUUCAACAUUGAGAUACUAGCCACAAACAUGAAUAUUAACAUAACGGGAAUUGAAGCUUCAGAUAAUGUGAAUGUGUUUGUGUUGCAAGUGCUUUUUGGUUGUUUUUGUUAAUUGUGUCUUAAACUCAAACCUGUGAACACUGUAGUAUUCUUUCAUCUGUAUCUGUAGAUAUAUAAAUAUAUAUAUAUAUCUAUACAUGUGUGUACAGAUAUAUAGAUAUACAUACAAAAGAUUAAAAAUAGAGUGCAGAUAAAUUGAAUGUCAUGCCAUUUCUGCUAAUGUUCUGCAGUAAACACCUAAGCAGCAGUUGGUGAUAUACAUAUAUAGUAUACAAAAUAUAUAUGUAUGUAUAUAUAAAGGCAUUCCAGUAUCGGUAAAUUGCAUAUUCCACAGUUGACUCUAUAAUUUGACAAGUAUUUGGAUGCCAAUCUCCAUAAAGUUGACUCUUGAUUGGAUCUUCAAACAGUAAAGAAAAGAUGUAGAUGGCAGUUAAAAAAAUAACCUGAAUGUAAUGUAUUACUUCAUUUUCUAAUACCAAACACCCACGUAGUUAAAUUCAUAUUGAAGACUUUGUGAUGGGCUGCACUUUGCUACGCUCUUGUCUUUGAUAUGAAAUUGCAAACCUAUCUCUGCAGUGCAGAAAAAUUGUACAUUCUUCUUGACAGUUGAGUCAUUUUUAAUCCUUUCAGUACUGGUUUUGGAACAUGUGCAUCUAUUGAGAAUUUAAAUAGGUAAUAUAAAUGAGUAGUACCGCAUUUUACCAAAACAUCCUUCCAAAGUUCGGCUGUUGCUAAUUACAAUUUACAUUAGUCAGCAUGGUCACCUGCUGGUAGAUUACCAAGGGAGCUCAUAAGGCGAAUACACAAGUUUGAUUUUACAAGAGAAGAAAUAUAGAAAUGGUUCUGUUCUUACAAGCUAUGGGUUUUUGCAUGGGGAAGUUUCACAAGACAUGAGUUGGGUGUUUUGCCAAUUGACUUCAAAUGUGUAAAAACACUACCCCAGAGACAAUGUGGAUUUUUGGGAGGUUUUUUUGGGACCCUUUUGAAAUAUCCAAGAAGAGACAGCUGAUUACCCAAAAGAUGUCUCUGUUUGAAAGUAUGUUUCUUGAAAGCAUGCUAGCAAGUUGGUAUCAUGCCUUGGAUGAUCUUGUAGAUUAGCAAUAUUGAUUCAGAAUGAACAUGUAUUUCAUUUUAAGUUCCUUUAUAGAGUUAUUUUAAUUGGUUUAUUCAUUUCCUGUUCUAACCACAUGUAAACUUGAUUUGAAGAAGCUAAGUGUCUGAUUAAAUGCAAAUUAAUGUCUCAUGAAAAGUAUCAAUAGGGAUUGGUCAAACUAGCAACAUCAAAGAGAAUUCUCCAGUGUAGUGCAGAUGAAGGCCAUGUGAUCCACCUUGACUUUAACAUCUAUUUGAAAGUGCUAUGUACCCGAUUCGUCUUAUUCCCCUGCUUUUUCCACAGACUUGCAAAUGGAACAUUCAUUCUACCCAAAGUUAAACAGUUUGUGUUUUUAGAGGACCUUCAAUAAAAUAAACUCCCCAAGGAGCUUUUCUUUGAAGAAAGCAGAUAACUGAACUAGUCGUUACACAGAUAAGAAAGGCACUUUUGAAAGGACGAGUUUAGAGGAGCCUUCUGAAGAAAGUGAAAUGCUCAGAAGUGAACUUUAGGGCAAGAAUUUCAAAGUAUGCUGGCUGAGAUCAUUACUGUAAUGCGAACAAAUGCAAUAAGGUAGAGCUUGGUUCUUUCUGAUCACUUAUAUGACUAAAAAUUUCACCCCUAGUUUUUAAGUUCUCACAAACAAGGAGACUGACUUUGUUUGGUACCCCAUUUCAAUGCACACUUAGCCCUCUUGGACGCUAGUUUGUGUAAUACUGUACUAGCUCUCCAGUUCAUUUGAUCCAGUCAUUAAUUUUUUGUGUACCUGAGCUACUAACUAACAGACAUUUUAAUGUAUUUCCUACACUUCUGCUUUAUAAAACUGCAUGAGUUGCCUUGUGCCAACACCUUGAAAUGAUGCCCUCCAGCAGGCACUUGCUGACCAAGAUUUUUCAGCUAAAGGCAAAUUUCAAACCAGCUGUUUUGUUGGCUUUUUUGCAUAUUGACAAUAUUAUAUAAAUACAAAUACAUCACUUUCUGGCACAAUUUGUGAAAUAAAGUGGGAAAGCUCAUUCUGAAUCACUGAUCUCAAUUCAUGGUGGCUGAAGAUGAUAGAAAUUCAGAGGCUAACAUAUCAUCUGAUGCAUUGACUGCACAAUUCUUGGAAGGUUUAGGCAUUUACUUAAAUGCAAGUGGGUAUGCGUAGUCCUUAACAAUCUUUACUUAUUGAUCCUGAAUGUUCUGAGGGUUUAUUUAAAAAGGCAUGUUUUACUUCCCACUAUUAAUCAUGCUACUAAUUUCACUAGAAAUUCUUUGGAAAAAGGGGAAGAAUGUGCAACAACCUGAGGUCAUGAACUAACAUGCCCUUGGCAUCUUGUUAUAGUUAAUGGGAAUGGGAUGCCUGUUGCUCCUUUGAACUGCUGUUUAGAUGACAUUUCCAUGUAUUCAUAGUAAUGUUACUGAGAACACUCAAAUGUCUUUGCAAAUUGCACAGCGAUAAAUAUGUCUCAGUGCAAGGCUGUAUCACUUAAAAGAAGGCUCGAAUCACUAUCUCUGUUCUAAAUAUUAAACUGGGAGGAUAACUUUACCAUGCUGAGCUUGCGAUUGAAAUUAGAUUAGUGAGAGGGGGAGAGGGAGAAAGAUGAUCCAUAACAAGUCUUUUAACACAAAAUGGCACCUUCACAGCAGUCAGGUCAUGUGCCAUUAUGUGACCAUAUAUUUCCCAUAGGCGGAUUGUUUGUUCAAGUUCCGGGGGAACAGAGACCAUUUAGCUUAACCCUUCAAAAAUAACCCUGGAGGCAUCAGUUCAUGUGAAAGCUGAUCCUGAACGAAACUUCAAAGUGUACAAUGUUGGUCAGAUUGGAAUCUGGUAGGCAUUAACUGGACAAUACAAGUGUGAUAAAUUAGGUGUGGUUAACAUUUUAGCUCUUUAUCAUGGUGAAGGGAUUGUUGGUUUCCAUAUCCUGAGUGUGAGGAAUGAUACUGCUGCUCAGUGUGUAUAUUACAGACAAGUAUAAACUGCCUAAAUGUGAUGAGAGAGUUUAUUUUAAACACUUGAAUCCCACAAAGAAAAGUGUUUAUAAUUGAAGAGAUGCAGGUUGUACCAUUGCUGUUUUGAUGUCAGAAUACAGCAAACCUUCCCAUAAUCUGAAACGUGACGAUAUUGAAUGUGUUGUACCUAUCGAGAAAUGUAUGCUUACAUAAUGUAAGGAUUGUUUCUUUAUUUAAAAGUGUAUAGACAAAUCAGAGUGGCAUUGCUUAAUCUACAAUAUAUAUGUCUUUUUAUAUAAAAAAAGAUUAGGCAAGAAACAACGAAGAAAAUGCAAGCUGCAAGUCACUUUGACAUGCUAAACCAAAGUUUCUUGACCUUAUUGAAUGAAGAAAACAUGAAUAUUUCCUUAGUUGGACAUUCCCUGUUUACAAUGGAAAAGUUCAGAGCUGAGAUCAGACUUUCAAUAACCCAAUUCUGAAACCCAAAAGUUUUGCAGGUGCAUUUUGAAAAGCAUUGGCAAGAUUGUGAAGCUUUCCAGUGCAGAAUUCUGUUAGUGCACCACAGUGAACUUCUAAGAGCACAGACCAAACAUAUCAGAGAGACAAAAGAUUGGUUUUGUAUUUUUGUAUAUUGUGAUGUUAUGAUCAUUAUUACUCCAAAGUGUAUCUCAGGACAAAGAACUUUACUCAGGGAAUAUACCAAGUAGGUUUAUUUUUAUUUGCAGAUUAAGUACUGAAGACAUUCUAGAAAGUACUCUGAACAAACCAAAUAGUUUUAGAGCUUGGUAUCUACAUCUAUAUUUACAUACUGCUAUUAUUAGUAACUACCUCUGAGCUUUACAUAGUCCUACAUUUCUGAUAAUCAGAUUUAUGAUGUCUUUUUCGUAUUUUGUUAUUUUUGUAUAAAAAUAAUAAUGGUAGAGUUGUUUUAUUGUACCCACGGCUUAUAUACCCAUGAUAAUCCAUUUUUUUUUGGUUAUGAAGUUGGCACAUGCAAUGAUGUAUGGUAUGUUUGAUAUCGUAAAACAGACCAGAUUUUGUUUUUCUGUUUACAGCAAAAGGCUACCUCAUCCCUUUUCUGUAUAUUUCUACCUUUUUGUUGCUUUAGUCUUGAAAUCAGCUGUCAAUAAUAUUUUUGUAUUCAUAAAGUAGAAUAAUGUUUCUGUCACUGAGUAACAGGCAUGAAGGUACUAGUGAAUUCCAGUUGCAGCAUAUAUUAAUUUAUGGGUUAUUAAUUUACUUUUUCUUCAGAAAAGGUAGAAUGUCUUUUAAAGACUGAGAGAAUUUUUCAGUUAUAGUUACAUAAACCCUAUCAGUCAUGUUUUCAAGCAAAAGAAAAUACUGUGACUGGGAUGUCUUAACUUUAUUCACCUCUGUAUGAUGGUGUAUUCAUUCAGAAGGUUGAAUGGCCAGUAUUGAUCCAGUGAAUAACUUAAAAGUGUAUGCAAUUUUUAAUCCAAUGUCUUACGACUAAUAUGACGCCAACAAAAAAUUCUGUCGAUUAGCGUAAAUUACAAAUGAUGACAUCAACAACUUUGCAUACAUAUUUAUUUGACAGCCCUUUUAAGACUGCAACAAGAUUGGCUUAAUCAUCUAAAGUCCAUAUUUAUUUAUGCGUAGUUAAUCAUGAAUAUCACAGAUGUUCUUCCUUGGAAUUGGAGCUUUCUUUCUAGUUGUAUGUGUCAUAUGCUUUGGUAAUGGUUGAUAGUAUGAUUUUUAAGGGUGUGCAGGUAUUCUGUUAAAAAUGGAGUGACUCAAACAUGCUGCUGUGAAAGGAUCAGACCACAUUUAAAGUUCAUACUUGUUUUGUUUUUAAUUUCAAUACAAACUAACUAAAAGAAGAUGCAGUGUUUUUUAUAACCAGACAGGUCACUAAAGAUGUUCCUCAUUCAAGAUGUUUCAGAACUUCUCGCAGUAAGGGCAUUUUAUUUUGUGCUUCUUGAAUAUUGGUUCUUGUGGUGCAGACAUUGGUUCCUUUUCACUUAACAACACUGUCAAACUGUUCUUAGUGGGACUGCACACCCUGUACCGUCUGUUAUGAAAAUAUGUCUUGGGCACUUGAAAGAUGAAAAAAAUUCUCUCAAGUAAACCUGUCAUCGAAUAUAAAAUAUGAAUUGAAUGUAUAUGCGUGUCUCUUUGCUAGUCCAGAAAGCAAAAAAAAACUACUGAUUCCUCCUCAUGUUCCUUGAGUUAUGACAGCCUGUGGUUCUUUAAAAUGUAUGUUGCCUCUAAGGGCAGUCGAAAAUUUGAAGCUACCAGUUGUGUACUAAACUAGGUCUACCUCUUAUCACAUUGUUUUCAUCAAGCAGUGUUAAUUUGCCAAUGUUAUGGUGAACUGCACAGCUGCUAAACUAGUCCGCAUUUCUAAUUGUGGCUGUUCGUGUAUUAUUAUAUCGUUGUUUUUUUCUGUGUACUGAAGACCAAAGUAAACACUGUUACAUUUUUUGUACUUUUUAAAUCUUGACUUUAUAUAAUAUCUUUAAAUUAUCUUUUCAUACUUUUAAAAUACCUUAGCUACCAUUUUUGAUUCACAUUAUGCAUUGUUUACAAUAUUCCAAUGUGUUAUUUGAUUGUUGGUGUUUAAGAGAUUUGGGUAUUUAACUACUAUUUCUGUGGCUCAUACGUUUUUGAGGUCAACUCUCACUGUCUGAAUAUUGGAUGAUAGCACCAAUUGCCUUGUUUUGCCUAACCUAGUUCUUUUUCAAUACUUAAUUCAUACCUGAUUUUUAUUUAGUUCUGUGAAACACAGGUGUUAUGCUGCCUGAAAAUUAUUUUACUUGACUUAAAAAAAUAAAGUGUAUAAGUGGCAUUUA